UUCCUCAUGACAACCAACUCUUUGACAACUUGCUGCGAGUCAAGCGGCAGAAGCAUCGCUGACUCCGGGGUGACAGCCUCCGCCCAGACGCCGGUCUACUGCCCAGUGUACGAGAGCCGGUUGUUGGCCAGCGCCAGGCACGAGCUGAGCUCCGCAGCGGCUCUGGGGGUGUAUGGGAACCCGUACACCGGGAGUCAAAGCUAUGGAAAUUACGUUACUUAUGGAACCGACGCGUCCGCUUUCUACUCGCUGGUAUGGGUACUAUAAAAUAAUAUAAUAUCAUAAUAAUUCUACUCAUCUCUCUAUGGCAGUGACUAAUGACGCUGUAUCUGUAGCCUGUAGCCUACAGACACAGAGCUGUAUCUAUAUAGCCUAUAGCCUACAGUCACAGUGCUGUAUCUAUAUAGCCUACAGUCACAGAGCUGUAUUUAUAUAGCAUAUAGCCUACAGACACAGAGCUGUAUCUAUAUAGCCUACAGUCACAGUGCUGUAUCUAUAUAGCCUAUAAUCUACAGUCGCAGAGCUGUAUCUAUAUAUCCUAUAGCCUACAGUCACAGAGCUGUAUCUAUAUAGCCUACAGCCUACAGUCACAGAGCUGUAUCUAUAUAUCCUAUAGCCUACAGUCACAGAGCUGUAUAUAUAUAGCCUAUAGCCUACAGUCACAGCUCUGUAUCUAUAUAUCCUAUAGCCUACAGUCACAGAGCUGUAUCUAUAUAUGCUAUAGCCUACAGUCACAGAGCUGUAUAUAUAUAGCCUAUAGCCUACAGUCACAGCUCUGUAUCUAUGUAGCCUAUAGCCUCCAGUCACAGGACGCCGCUUUACGCACACGGUAUGACUAUUGAAGUCUUCAUACAGUAAACCUGUCUUCACGGUGAACCAACCGCAGGCUAUGACUGAAUAGCCAAGUGCAACUUUUAAUAAAAAGUUGAGUUUGGCAAGUGAAAGUGUCACAACUAUGUUAAGAAUGGAUGUGUUUAAUGUUGGUCUACAACAUACACCGCAGUGUGCUCGAUUAUGGGUCUAUCAUUGUUUCCCUGUAUUCAUUAGUUAUAGAACGUCUACAAUAACACAGAUAUAACUUGACUUUGCUAUUGAACAACAUGUUUAGUGACUGUUAUUGUUGUGUGUGUGUGUGUGUGUGUGUGUGUGUGUGUGUGUUGAAAUGGGAUCACUAGACUUUAUGAGUAAAAUGAUUAAGCAACGGUGUACAUGUAGCCUCCUGUAGCUCAGUUGGUAGAGCAUGGCGCUUGCAACGCCAGGGUUGUGGGUUCGUUUCCCACGGGGGGCCAGUAUGAAAAUGUAUGCACUCACUAACUGUAAGUCGCUCUGGAGAAGAGCGUCUGCUAAAUGACUAAAAUGUAAAUGUAAAAUGUUAUUAAGAAACAGUAUACAUGUUAUUAGAAAAACUGUAAACAUGUUAUUAAGUAUAAAAGUCAAUAAUGUCACCUUUUCCUGACUGACAGUCUGUCUUGUUGCAGGGGACAUUCGAUAACAAAGAUGCAACAGAGCCUGCGCAUGCGAGGAUAACCCAGGCAGCAGCUUACUACCCCUAUGACCCCACUCUGGGACAUUAUCAAUACGACAGGUAUGGUUACUAUAAUAAUAAUAAUAAUAAUAAUAAUAAUAAUAAUAAUAAUAAUAGUGUACUACCCCUAUGACCCCACUCUGGGACAUUAUCAAUACGACAGGUAUGGUUACUAUAAUAAUAAUGUUAAUAAUAUAUAAUAUUUAAUAUAUAAUAUAAUAUAAUUGUGCACUAUCCAUAUGACCCCACUCUAGCACAGUACCAAUACGACAGGUAUGGUGACUAUAAUAUAAUUAUAAUUAUAAUUAUAAUUAUAAUACUAUACAGGUAAUUUAAUUUUGUACUAUCCAUGCGAUCCUACUCUGCACAGUACCAAUACGACAGGUAUGGUGACUAUAAUAAUGCUACUACUAAUAAUAAUAAUUAUAAUAAUAAUUAUAAUUAUAAAAAUUAUAAAAAAUUAUAAUACUAUACAGGUAAUUUAAUUUUGUACUAUCCAUGCGAUCCUACUCUGCACAGUACCAAUAUGAGUUGACAACAUUACAAACAUAAUUAUGUUCUGUCAAACAGUAGCCCAUUUCCCAAUCCUUCAUAUGUUUGUUGACUGACAUGAGUCACCUUACCUCUAAGUUAACAACUAUUAGAAAAACACCUGUCUACUACAGUACUGGCCUCCAAAUGGUAUAGGAAUAUCAGGCCUUUUACUGGAUCAAAUUCAUAGCAUUAGUUGAUGAGUUGCCAAACUUGAAACUGUUCUUAUUGAAGUGUAUAAUAGGUUUCCAUGAACUCCACUAGAGACAUGGGACAUAGUUCUAUCCCUGGGCUUAGCCUACAGGAGGACACUUAGUGCUGAAUAUUACACUAAUGCUUUAGGCCCUUUCACCUGGGGCUGAAUCAUAACACUCAAUAACACAAUUCUCCAGUCUGUUUUCCCCAGUCUUCUGGAUGGAGAGGGAGUUAGCCUAGCGGUGCUCUGUUUACUCACCUAGCAGUCAGUCUUCUGGAUGGAGAGGCAGUUAGCCUAGGAGUGCUCUGUGUUUACUCACCUAGCAGUCAGUCUUCUGGAUGGAGAGGCAGUUAGCCUAGCGGUGCUCUUUGUUUACUCACCUAGCAGUCAGUCUUCUGGAUGGAGAGGCAGUUAGCCUAGCGGUGCUCAGUGUUUACUCACCUAGCAGUCAGUCUUCUGGAUGGAGAGGCAGUUAGCCUAGCGGUGCUCUGUGUUUACUCACCUAGCAGUCAGUCUUCUGGAUGGAGAGGCAGUUAGCCUAGCGGUGCUCUGUGUUUACUCACCUAGCAGUCAGUCUUCUGGAUGGAGAGGCAGUUAGCCUAGCGGUGCCCUGUGACCUCACUCAUACAGGGGCAUUCUGCUUUUCUAAAGGCUCCCCAGGGGUCUGUUGGGCUGCAGGGUACUGCUGGAUGAAUCAACACUAUGCAUUUGUAAUGGACAGGACACAAGGAGUUGUUAUCUUGCCUCUCUUCUGCUACAGGACCCUAUAGAUAGAUAUAUAGGCCUAUUGUUACAGUGAGACAUUGCUAUAACUCUACAUCUUCACUACUAGAUAUGGCUGUAUGGACGGAGGGACCAGGAGGAAGAACGCCACCCGAGAGACAACCAGCACCCUGAAGGCCUGGCUACAGGAGCACAGGAAGAACCCCUACCCCACCAAGGGAGAGAAGAUCAUGUUGGCCAUCAUUACUAAGAUGACCCUGACGCAGGUGUCCACCUGGUUCGCCAACGCCAGGAGGAGGCUGAAGAAGGAGAACAAGAUGACGUGGCCUCCGAGGAACAAGUGUUCUGAUGAGAAGAGAUAUAAUGAAGAUGAUGAGGGUUCUCAGGAGGAGAACAUCAACAGUGAGAACAACGAUGAUGGUCAGUUCUGGUUCUUUAUGUAACACGCUAACAGUGGAAUAGUCCUGGUUCUUUAUGUAACACGCUAACAGUGGAAGAGUCCUGCUUCUUUAUGUAACACACUAACAGUGGAAUAGUCCUGGUUCUUUAUGUUACACGCUAACAGUGGAAUAGUCCUGGUUAUAUUCCACUGUUAGCGUGUAACACAAAGAACCAGGACUCUUCCACUGUCAGUGUGUUACAUAAAGAACCAGGACUAUUCCACUGUUAGCGUGUUACAUAAAGAACCAGGACUCUUCCACUGUUAGCAUGUAACACACUAACAGUGGAAUAGUCCUGGUUCUUUAUGUUACAUGCUAAUAGUGGAAGAGUCCUGGUUCUUUAUGUAACAUGCAAACAGUGGAAUAGUCCUGGUUCUUUAUGUAACACACUAACAGUGGAAGGGUCCUGGUUCUUUAUGUUACACGCUAACAGUGGAAUAGUCCUGGUUCUUUAUGUAACAGGCUAACAGUGGAAUAGUCAUGGUUCUUUAUGUAUUACACCAACAGUGGAAUAGUCCUGGUUUUUAUGUAACACACUAACAGUGGAAUAGUCCUUUACCAGAAGAAGCAUGAAAGCCUUAGCCCGUUUCAACAAUGUGAUGCUAAAUGCUUAAAUGACACUUGACAGUGAUCAUUUUAUUACAGUUUGAUUCCCAUCUUAUCGCUGAUGUCUCAUGUCUGUUAAUUUCCAGAGAAAGAUAAGGAUCUCGCGCUGAGUGACCUGGAAGACUUCGACAUGAUAGAAUCAGAGAGCUCGGAGUGCGAGCUCAAACACCAGUACCUCAUGAACACUCACAUGACGACGACUGACUGUUCGAACGACCAUCUGAAGGACACAUCUUUAAAGAUCAGCAUUCCCGUGUCCCUGGGCGGGGAGCAGCAGCUCAGUAAAACCUCACCAGAGGACUGCGACAGCCGGCAGGGGAAAGCCUGCUACCAACAACAGGGCGACCAGAUACUGGACGGCAAACCACGGAUCUGGUCGUUGGCCCAGACGGCCACGUCUCUGAAUCAGGCGGAGUACCCGUCCUGUAUGUUGAGGUGUCAGCCGGGCCUGCCCGCCUCUCCGGCCGCCUCCUCCCCUAUCACGGUUCUAGACAGACGGCAGGACUCUCCCGUUACAACUCUCAGAAACUGGGUGGAUGGGGUUUUCCACGACCCGUUGUUCAGACACAGUACUUUGAACCAGGCCCUGACCAACACCACGGUGUCGUGGACCACGACCACCAAGGGCUCGAUACUAGAGACCGGCGCUCUGGAACAUUCUGUUGGGAGCAUCAAAGGACUUCCGUCUCUACAGCACCAAGACGCCACGAAGGACAAUAUGAAUUUUCCUAAAACUGCCAACAAACUCUUCUGCUCUUAA